UCAACUUGCUCUUUUUACCUUGGGGGCGGUGCUUAUUUUUCCCACUGAUACAUUAGCAGGGUUUAGCUCUUCUGAAAUUGACACUACAGCACGAAAUAUGUCACAGGAAGAAGACGUCAAGGGUCUCACCGACGAAGAGGCUUACAAUGCGUGCAAAACCGCGGACCCUAUAACCAAGGAUUUCAUGAUGCAGCAGACCAUGCUGAGGGUGAAAGACCCGAAGAAAUCUUUGGACUUCUACACCCGUAUCUUAGGAAUGACGCUGCUGCAGAAGUUUGACUUCCCCUCCAUGCGCUUCUCCCUGUAUUUCCUUGGGUUUGAGGACAAGAAGGAGAUUCCCAGCGACAAGAAGGAGAGAACAGCCUGGACCUUCUCCCGACGAGCCACCAUCGAGCUCACACAUAACUGGGGCACCGAAGUGGGGGAGGUCACAGACUACCACAACGGCAACUCGGACCCUCGGGGCUUCGGACACAUUGGGAUUGCAGUCCCUGAUGUCUAUGCUGCUUGUAAGCUGUUUGAGGAGCAGGGAGUGACGUUUGUGAAGAAGGCUGACGAUGGUAAAAUGAAGGGGCUGGCUUUCAUCCAGGACCCGGAUGGCUACUGGAUUGAGAUUCUGAGUCCCAACAACAUGGUCUCAAUCACAUCUUAGAGCAGGUGGGAGAGAGAGGAACAGAGGGCACAGUCAUGAGGGAAAAGACACUGCAGCCCAAUCCAGUCAGCCAUAUUUACCAUCCCAGGGAAAAGAGCACUUGCAUACUUCUAUCAAUCAUUGCAUCAGUGUCAACUGUGGACUAAAGUCCAAGGAAACAUUAAUGUACACUUCCUUCCCUAGUUCAAAGAGCGAAAGGAAAAUAAUAAAAACGUUGAACAACUCAA